AUGUUGAAACUAGGCAAACUUGUAAAAGCUGUUGAAAAGCAAGAUCAAAUGAUCCAUGUUACUGAUUUUAAAUUAAGCAACAUGGAAUUGGGAAAAGGUAGCGACAUAAGCUAUUAUAUUGACAAAAGUCCAUUUGAAAAUGGUGCUAUUCGUGAAGCAUACAAAGCAAAACGUCAUAGAUUAAGGGGUGCAACAUUAUUUGUUGUAAAAAAGUAUUUUCAAAAAACUUUUGAUGAAUUAGAACUAGUUGGUGAUACACCAGAGGAGAAUGCCAAAAAGUCGGCCCAGAUGCAUUCCCUAGCACAAAAUUUUGUGUUGCAGUUAAAAAUGUUACUUCAGAGUAAAGAAUACAAAGGAAAUUGUUUGAGCUAUAACAAUGUUUCAUAUAAAACCCUAAAUAAUGAGCCUGUCACAAUUGAGGAAUUUAUUGGUGGAGAUUUUGUUAAGUAUUUUAACAAUGAUGGUACUAUUUGCCAAAAUCAUGAUGUUAAAGCACAAACCAUGGCGGAAUGUUUAGUUGAUAAACAGGGGUGUGGCUUUAAAUUAUGUGAUCCAGAAAUUGCAACAACUGAAGGCUCUUUUGACAAAAGCAAUAAACUAUUGUUUUGUUCUGGAAAUUUGUCAACCGUGGCCAAAGAAACAUUUUUUGUGCAACAAACAUGCAACAAGUACUGUUUAUUGGUGGAAUUGCCACCUCGUAACCUUUAA